CGGUCCUGUACUAACUUGGGUACCAAAGUCAGCUGUGAAGAUCGAGAAGCAGAGACUGUGCAAAACAAACGAAUCUUAAUUGGAAUAACAUGGCAGAGGCUGCACAGAUGCUAGUGAGCCAGAAGCAGAAAAUGAUUGUAACCAACAAUCAUGGUGAAAAGCUUGUCGGCUUAUUACAUGAAACCGGCUCAAGGGAGAUUGUGAUCUUGUGCCAUGGAGCCCGAGCCUCCAAGGACCACUUUAUUAUAGAGAACCUUGCUGUUGCAUUGGAAAAGCAAGGAAUUAGUUCCUUCCGUUUUGAUUUCGCUGGAAAUGGAGAAAGUGAAGGCGCCUUUCAGUUUGGUCACAUGAGGAGAGAAGCUGAUGACUUGCAUGCUGUAAUCCAACACUUCUCUGGAUCAAACCAUGUAGUUAAUGCAAUUUUCGGGCACAGUAAAGGAGGCGCUGAUGUGCUCCUGUAUGCUUCAAAGUAUCAUGACAUUCCUACGGUUGUCGAAGCUUCUGCACGCUAUGACCUAAAGAAAGGCAUUGAAAGACACCUGGGGAAAGACUUUAUGGAGAAGAUCAAAAAGGAAGGAUUCAUUGAUAUUGGAAGUCCUAAAUUUCGGGUGACUGAGGAAAGCUUGAUGGACAUCCUAAGCACUGAUAUGCGUGAAUCGUGCCUCAAGAUUGACAAAGAUUGCCGGGUGCUAACAGUCCAUGGAUCUGCUGAUGAGAUCGUUCCUGUUGAAAAUGCAUUUGAGUUUGCCAAGAUCAUACCUAACCACAAAAUACAUAUUAUAGAAGGAGCUGAUCAUUGUUACAAAUCGCAUCAAGCCGAGUUAGACACAGUUGUUGUGGACUUCAUAAAAGCAGCUCUGCAGCAGGACAAGGCUUCUUCCAACUAGCUAGGUACUCUAUGCCAGUCAAUCAGCAUUCAAAUUAAUGUUGUGCAUGUUUCCUGUGUCAUAAGAUCGAUGAUUAUUCUUAUCUUGUGAGACUGAGUUCUUCUUAAAAUCUAUUUUCCAUCAUAAGAUGUCGAGUUUUUUGUCUUUCCAUGAUCUGGUGCAUGAAAUAAUAGUGAAGAUCUUCAUGAUCCAAAUUCCAAA